UUCUCUUUUCUCUUUCCCAUUCCUUUCAUUCAAAUAAAUCUUUUAUAAGCUAGACAUUCAGAAAAGAUUCCAGUCAAGAAAUAUUCUCAAUAUAAGAGAGGAAUAUAAAAAAAAAAUGCUUAGCACAAUUGGAAAAGUGUUUAAUGGACAGACAGGACUAGAGGAGAAUAAGAGCGACGACGCUCCAAGUAACAUGGGAGGAGCCACCAAUGAAGCAUCUGAGAAACUAAUCCAAGAGUUCUUUGGGGCGAUCCAAGAGGGAGACACAGACACGGUGCGUCAACUACUUAUGGACCAUAAGACGAAUCUGACGCGGGCAAGGUUUAAACCCGAGCCUCGGUCUGUGGGGUUCCCCGCUGAGAUUGAGCGAGAUGCAUAUACGCUCUUGGGAGCGUACUUGGGACCUUUGACUGGAUUGCAAUAUGCAAUCCUAACAGGCAGAGAUGGCAUUGCUAAGGAUAUCUUGGACUCUACGUUUGAACAAGAUGUUGACGCCAGAUUUGGUAAUGGAAACACAGCGCUACAUUUGGCAGUCCUCUUGGGAGCUCCAACCCUGGUUUCGGCUCUAAUUGAGCGUAGUGCGGACAUCACACUCAAGAACAAACGUGGAUAUUCUGUUGUGGAUAUGUCCGAUAAUCCAGACAUCCUGUGCUUGUUAAAAGCAGGAACAGUAGAACAGGAAGAAUAGACUUUCACAAUGACGACUUUACUCAAUACAGACUCGAGCAUAAGCCUUUCAGUUGAACAAUGGGCAGUGCGGCCAGCUAGACUUAAAGAAGAAGAAGAAAAAGAAAAGUAAAGAAAAGUAAUAAAAAAAUAUUAAUAAGGAAA